AUGUAUGGAGAACAAUUACAGGCAACUGUAUGUGCAGUAGGAGAUGUACGAAAACGUGCUGUUAUCUAUACCAUUUCUGGCACACAUGGUGUGGAAGGUUAUGCUGGAUCUAUGGCUCAAAUUAGUAUGCUUCGCGGAAAUUCAUCAAUGUUCCCACGAGGUGUUCGCAUGGUUCAUUUACAUCUGAUUAAUCCUUAUGGUGCUUCAUAUAUUCUGAAAGAAAAUGAACAAAAUGCUGAUCAAAUCAAGAACGUAGCUAUGUAUUAUACACUCAAUUAUGACAAUCCUAUACUUCAACGAUUAAUGGAUCAAAUUGAUUUACCUAACUUAGGUAAUGUUUCUGUUCAACAGAAUGCAUUUGCAGUCUUCGCUCAACUGAUUGCUGAUUAUGGUGAGGAAGCUGUUAACUUAGCUAUGAAAACGGGACAAGGAAAGCGACCUCAAGGCAUUGCAUAUUUUGGACCAUCAAAAUCAUGGUCGAGUCAAACCGAAGAAUAUGUUGUCAAUAAGUAUUUACCUUAUGCAAGUCAUAUUCUUCUCAUCGAUUGGCACACUGCCGUCGGUCCAUACGGUGCUUGGUCGUUUGUUCCAUUUGAUAACGAGUCAGAAGCUGCAUUUAAGAGAUGGGCAUCAAAUGAUCUGAUAUCACCUUAUGACCUUGGUGUUCCUACAGGUGGUCAACUACCAUACAGUACUAUCAAAACUAAAACAGGUGCAAGACGUGUUAUAAGAGGUUUUUGGGAAGCUGGUACUUACAAUGUGACCAUGGAAACAAAUGCCCUGUUCAUAUUACGUUUGUAUUGUCGUUUUUAUAGUAAUAUAACUGAUCCAUUUUGUAAAGAUAUUAUUUCAAAAACACAAGAAUACUUCUAUCCACAAGCAAAUCAAUGGAAAAAAUUGACAUAUGAUGCAAUUAACAAUGUUCUUCCUAAAGUUUUAUCUGGCUUCGCUGCUGAAGUAAACAUAGGAGCCAAAUUAAUCAUUUCUGACUUGCGUAUCAUUAUGGGAAUUAUCAUUGGACUCUUUUUGUUUCGAAUAUAA